GGCCUUGCUGGCGGGAACGAAAUCCACCAGAACAGCUGCGGGAAGAGCUGGAGCGGAGCGGAGGCUUGCUGAGAGGGGCCGGGAGGAGAAGCGUGGAGCAGCCGCGAGAUGGAGAAAUCAAUUAUUCUACUGCUCUGGAUACAAUAUGUUUUUAAGAUCUCAGAAAGUUUCCAUUAUAUACCAAAGAAUAAACAAGCAACAACAAUUUUUAUUGAAUGGGAUGAAUUUCCUAAGGGAGGAAGUCCUGAAUUUUAUUUUUUAAAAUACCAACUUGUUAAUAAUUUUGCUCAAAAAAAUGUGAAAAGGAUUCUCGCAGACCCACAAAAGCUUCCAAAAUCAAUAAUAACACUAGAAGAAAGUGAAGACUGUCACAUCAUUAUACAGUCCAUAAAAUAUGGACAAAUUUUAAGUGAAAAGUCAUUUCAAACCCGUGGAAUAUCAACUAGAAAUAUUAAAACAAUAGCAACAAGUACGAGUGUUUCUUUUAACUGGAGUGUUCUGUCUUCCAAUGACACUUUAGUGUCAAUAUCGCUUAAUAAUUCUUCACAAAUUAUGCAAAAUAAUGUCAUGUUUUAUGAGUGGGAUGAUUUGAAACCUGCCACCUUAUAUGUUUUUACAUUUGAAUUUAAACAAUUGCAUUUGGAUUUUAUAAAUAUAUUUCAGAGAAGGAAUGUUCAAAUUGAAACAGGUUCAUGUUCACAAGGAUGGGUAGCAUUAAAAAAUAACUGUUAUAGAAUUAGCAAAGAGAAUAAGCCAUGGAAUAUAGCCCAGCAACAUUGUAAGUUAUCUUUAAUUUCUGCACACCUUGUGGAUAUAAAAAAUGAAGAGGAAAAAAAAUUUAUGUUUUCACAUCUCAGGUCAAAGAAUCAAAUAAUAAUAUGGACUGGUCUUAAUGAUUUGAAGAAAGAAGGUCAUCUCACAUGGACAGAUGGAUCAUCUUUUGGUCUUAAGAAAAAUGAAAUUUUUUCUUUUCCACUGCUACCCAAGAAUGAAACAGAUUGCUACAUUUUACAGCAAAAUGCAACUGGAUCAAACUAUUUCUUUACAAGAUUUUUCUGUUAUGUUCCCUUGCCAUAUAUUUGUGAAUAUGAAUCACCUUCUCCACAGGAGAACCUUUUAUUUUAUGUAAAGGAUGUUGGAACAACUGAGGUUGUAUUUAGUUGGAAUAAUUUGAGUGGUUGGAAUAAUUUGAAUAAGUGGCUGAAACUGGGGUAUAAAAUUAUCAUUAAAUAUUAUUUAGAUUAUACAGAAGAACAACAUUUUGAAAGCGUGCCCCCAAAUACUACAGAAAAAGCAAUUACCCAACUGUCUCCUGGCCGUGUUUACAGAUUUUUAUUCUCUGCAAUAAGUGAAUGGGAGGCAAAGACUACUUUAAGUCCAGUAUUCAUUGUUGAAACAUGUCCAUUAUCAGCCCAAAAUAUCACAGUUACUCAUGUGACCCCAACGGAAAUAUUUUUACACUGGGAUGCUCCAGAUCCUGUAUCUUUUCACCAUUAUUUUGUGGCUAUUUUGGAUGUUGUAAACAAUAAAUCAGAAGAGGUGUUUGUUGAAAAAUUCAACACAUCAACAACAAUUGGAAAUCUAAGAUCUUUCCAUCAUUAUCUGAUCUAUCUAUUCAGUGUAGCAGAAAGAGGAACUUUAAGCUGCUUUGAGAAACCUAUUUCAGCCAUUACAGGUAUUAAUCCACCUCAGAAAGUUUACGCUAAACUUGAAGAUGUGGGAGAAGACAGUAUAAUUCUUCAGUGGGGAUCCCCACAAGACGGCCACGAGGUCUACAUUCAAAUCAAAUCCAUAUCAGAUAGAAGAGAAGUCAAGAAGCUUUUUGUAAAGGAUGCUAAUAGAGUCAAGGUUGAUCACUUAAUCCCUGGAAUGACAUAUGACAUUGGAAUGGCAACAGUAAUGAAUGGGAACUUGAGCGAGCUGGUCACUAUUCAACAAACUCUAAAGCCGAAACCAGUUCAAAUUGUUAUCCCUUAUGAAAGUCAUAGUACCUCUGUAAUCUUAUUUGUUCAGAUGCCUGAUAUUGGAGUGUUUGAUGGCAUACAUAUUGCAAGCGACAGAGGGCCAAAUGUAACCAGGAUUUUGAAACAGGACAGUAAAAUAACUGUUGACAAUUUAACCCCAGGCACAGAAUAUAAUUUCUUUGUUUCUACCAUCAGUGGGACUAAAUUAAGUAAUAUGUAUUAUGUGCCUGCAGUAAAAACAUGUCUGGAAGCACCGUCAAAUAUCCAUGAGGGCAAAGUUACAAAUUCUUCCAUUGAAAUUCUCUGGAAUCGAGCUGAUGGGAAUUUUCAGCAUUAUGAAAUCACAUGCGUAAACUGUGCUGCUGCUUUCAUGGUCCAGAAGGUAUUUCAAGAAGCAGCAACAUUCUCUAACCUGGAUCCUGGCACAGUGUACACCUUUUCAAUUCGCACUGAAAAAGAAGGUUUUAAAGACAGUUCUCCCUACAUAAAAGAAAUACAGACAGCCCCAAGUGCGGUUGAAUUUCUGAAUCACAGUAGGAAUUCAAAUGCAGUAACCGUUAGCUGGCCUUCAGCUAGAAGUCUUCUGGAUGGAUACAUUAUUUCAAUAUCCAGUGAAAGCUUAAUGAAAGAAGAAAUCCUGCCUUCCACAAAAAGGACAUUCUCAUUUAACAGCCUUUCUCCAGGGACUGACUUUUUAAUUAGCAUUAUAGCUACCAGGGGACUAAAGAGAAGCCGUCCUACUGUCCUCAUGGUUAGCACUUAUCCAGACCCACCAUCAGAUUUGCUGAUUUUGGGGCAGGAAGAACACACAAUAUAUUUGUCUUGGAAACUCCCACAAGGAGGCUUUGAAAGGUUUCAGAUAUCCUAUUGUAUGACAUCUAGAAAGGAAAAACUAUUUAAAGUAAUUGUUUAUAGCAACAAAGCCAAAGUAAAGAAUUUGACUCCGGGUAUGGAAUACCUGUUCCACGUGAAGACAGUUAGAGGCAAAGAUUACAGCAUAUCUGUAAUGAAAAAAGUGGCUACAAAACCAUCCAGGAUAUGUGGCUUAACGUUGAAAGCUGUGAAUACUUCUUCUGCAAAUUUAAUGUGGAAUCCAACAGAGACUAACUUCACUCAUUACAAGAUUUAUAUAUCAAACAGAACAUUUGCAAAAGAAUAUCUUAUUUGGGAAAUGAUGACUGAACACACAGUUACAGAUCUGACUCCUGGUAGAACAUAUAACAUCACAGUACAUAGAGUGAGCGGCAAUGUUGAAGGAUCUGGCACAUUUAUCAGAGUUGUUGCAGAACCGGAAAAACCUGAGAAACUUAAAGCCUUCAAUAUUUCUGCACAUUCCUUUUCUCUGCACUGGAGCCUACCCUCUGGCCAUGUGGACGGGUUUCACGUGGAUCUUGUUCCUGACAGUGGCUUUGUUACUAUCAAAGAUCUUGGAGGUGGAGAAUAUCAGGUUGAUGUUUCUAAUGCUGUUCCUGGUACACGGUAUGAUGUAACCGUCUCUUCCAUUUCUGCUACAACAUACAGCUUACCUGUUAGUAGAACAGUGACAACGAAUGUGACAAAACCAGGGCCUCCAGUCUUCCUAGCAGGGGAAAGAGUCGGAUCUGCUGGGAUUCUUCUGUCUUGGAAUACACCACCUAAUCCGAAUGGAAGGAUUAUAUCUUACAUUGUAAAAUAUAAGGAAGUUUGUCCAUGGAUGCAAGCAGCGUAUACACAAGUUAGAGCAAAGCCAGACAGUCUGGAAGUUCUUCUUACUAAUCUUAAUCCUGGAACAACAUAUGAAAUCAAGGUUGCUGCUGAAAACAGUGCUGGCAUUGGAGUGUUUAGUGACCCAUUUCUCUUCCAAACUGCAGAAAGUGCUCCAGGAAAAGUGGUGAAUCUCACAGUCGAAGCCUUUAACUAUUCAGCAGUAAGCCUGAUUUGGUAUUUACCUCGGCAACCAAAUGGCAAAAUUACCAGCUUCAAGAUUAGCGUCAAACAUGCCAGAAGUGGGAUAGUAGUGGAAGAUGUUUCAAUCAGAGUAGAAGACAUUUUGACCGGGAAAUUGCCAGAAUGUAUUGAGAAUAAUGAAUCCUUUUUAUGGAGUACAACCAGCCCUUCUCCAACCCUCGGGAGGGUGACGCCUCCAUCACGUACCACCUACCCAUCGAGCAUGUUGCCUGGGAGGAAGAUUAACUCUGUGUGGAAAGAACCUAUCAGUUUUGUAGUGACACAUUUGCAACCUUAUACGACGUAUCUUUUUGAAGUUUCUGCUGUUACAACUGAAGCAGGUUAUAUUGAUAGUACGAUUGUCAGAACACCAGAAUCAGUGCCUGAAGGACCACCACAAAACUUUGUAACAGGUAACAUUACAGGGAAGUCCUUUUCAGUUUCAUGGGACCCACCAACUACAGUUACAGGAAAAUUUAGUUACAGAGUUGAAUUAUAUGGACCAUCAGGUCAGAUUUUGGAUAAUAGCACAAAAGACCUUAAGUUUGCAUUCACUAAUCUAACACCAUUUACAAAGUAUGACGUGUGUGUUGCGGCUGAAACCAGUGCAGGGAUUGGACCCAAGUCAAAUAUUUCAGUAUUCACUCCUCCAGGAGUUCCAGGUACAGUAUUUGAUUUGCAAGUUGCAGAAGUAGAAGCCACAGAAAUAAGCAUUACUUGGAAGAAACCACGACAACCAAAUGGAAUCAUUAACCAAUAUCGAGUGAAAGUAUUAGUUUCUGAGACAGGAGUAAUAUUGGAAAAUACUUUGCUCACAGGAAAAGAUGAGUAUAUAAAAGACCCCAUGGCUCCAGAAACUGUGAACAUAGUAGAGUCAAUGGCAGGAUUAUUUGAGGGUUCAGCAGAGAUGUCUUCUGACCUGUACUCGAUUGCUUCAGUUAUGUAUAACAGUCAUCCACAUAAUAACUUUCCUGUGAGGAGCAGAGCUGAAGACCAGCCUUCAACAGUUGGAACUUCAAGGAACCAGUAUAUCGCGGACAUUGCUGCUGAACAGCUGUCUUACGUUAUCAGGAGACUUGUACCUUUCACUGAACACAUGAUUAGUGUAUCUGCUUUCACCAUCAUGGGAGAAGGACCACCAACGGUUCUCAAUGUUAGGACACGUGAGCAAGUGCCAAGCUCCAUUCAAGUUAUAAACUAUAAAAAUAUUAGUUCUUCAUCUAUUUUGUUAUAUUGGGAUCCUCCAGAAUAUCCUAAUGGAAAAAUAACUCAUUAUACAAUUUAUGCAAUGGAACUGGAUACAAACAGAGCAUUCCAGAUGACUACUAUAGAUAACAGCUUUCUCAUAACAGGGUUAAAGAAAUAUACAAAAUAUAAAAUGAGAGUGGCUGCCUCAACCAGUGUUGGAGAAAGUUCUUUGUCCGAAGCAAAUGACAUCUUUGUGAGAACUCCAGAAGAUGAACCAGAAUCAUCACCUCAAGAUGUUGAAGUCAUUGAUGUUACUGCUAGUGAAAUAAGUUUGAAGUGGUCACCACCUGAGAAACCCAGUGGGAUUAUUGUUGCUUAUGAAGUGCUCUAUAAAAAUAUAGAUGCCUUAUUCAUGAAGAACACCUCAACAACAAACAUAAUUUUAACAGACUUAAAACCUUACACCCUCUAUAACAUUUCUGUAAGGUCAUAUACCAGAUUUGGUCAUGGCAAUCAGUUAUCUUCUUUACUCUCUGUAAGGACUUCUGAGACUGUGCCUGAUAGUGCACCAGAAAAUAUUACUUACAAAAACAUUUCCUCUGGAGAGAUUGAGCUAUCAUUUUUUCCCCCAAAUAGUCCCAAUGGAAUUAUACAAAAAUAUACAAUUUAUCUCAAGAAAAGUAAUGGAAGUGAGGAAAGAACUAUAAAUACAACCUCUUUGACCCAGAACAUUAAAGGACUGAAGAAGUAUACACAAUAUAUAAUUGAGGUGUCAGCUAGUACACUCAAAGGUGAAGGAGUUCGGAGUGCACCCAUAAGUGUGCUGACUGAAGAAGAUGCUCCUGAUUCUCCCCCACAAGACUUCUCUGUAAAACAGUUGUCUGGUGUCACGGUACAGUUGUCAUGGCAACCACCCCUGGAGCCAAAUGGAAUUAUCCUCUAUUACACAGUUUAUGUCUGGGAUAUAUCAUCAUUAAAGAACAUUAAUGUAACUGAAACAUCAUUAGAGUUUUCAGAUUUGGACUAUAAUGUUGAAUAUAGUGCUUAUGUAACAGCUAGCACCCGAUUUGGUGAUGGGAAAACGAGAAGCAGUAUCAUUAACUUUCGAACACCCGAAGGAGCACCAAGUGAUCCUCCCAAAGAUGUUCAUUAUGCAAACCUCAGUUCUUCAUCAGUACUUCUUUUUUGGACGCCUCCUUCGAAACCUAAUGGGAUUAUACAAUAUUAUUCUGUUUAUUAUAGAAAUACUUCAGGUACUUUUGUGCAGAAUUUUACACUCCAUGAAGUAACCAAUGACUUUGACAAUAUGACCAUAUCUGCAAUAAUAGAUAAACUGGCAAUAUUCAGCUACUAUACAUUUUGGGUAACAGCAAGUACUUCAGUUGGAAAUGGGAAUAAAAGCAGUGACAUAGUUCAAGUAUACACAGAUCAAGACAUACCUGAAGGAGUUGUUGGAAACCUGACUUACAAGUCCAUUUCGUCAACUGCAAUAAAUGUAAGCUGGGGCCCUCCGUCUCAACCAAACGGUCUAGUCUUCUACUAUGUUUCUCUGAGCUCACAGCAAACUCCUCGCCACGUGAGACCACCUCUAGUUACAUAUGAGAGAAGCAUGUAUUUUGAUAAUCUGGAAAAAUAUACUGAUUAUAUAUUAAAAAUCACUCCAUCAACAGAAAAGGGAUUCUCUGAUACCUAUACUGCCCAACUACACAUCAAAACUGAAGAAGAUGUCCCAGAAACUUCACCAAUAAUCAACACUUUUAAAAACCUUUCCUCUACCUCAGUUCUCUUAUCAUGGGAUCCCCCAGUAAAACCAAAUGGUGCAAUAAUAAGUUAUGAUUUAAUUUUACAAGGACCAAGUGAGAAUUAUUCUUUUGUUACUUCUGAUAACUAUGUAAUACUGGACGAGCUUUCACCAUUUACAUUAUAUAGUUUUUUUGCUGCUGCAAGAACUAUAAAAGGACUGGGUCCUUCCAGUGUUCUUUUCUUUUACACAGAUGAGUCAGUGCCUUUAGCACCUCCUCAAAAUUUGACUUUAGUCAACUACACUUCAGACCUUGUAUGGCUGAAAUGGAGCCCGAGUCCUGUUCCAGGCGGUAUUGUUAAAGUAUAUAGUUUAAAAAUUCAUGAACAUGAAACUGAUACUAUAUUUUAUAAGGAUAUUUCAGGUUUUCAAACUGAAGCCAAACUUGUUGGACUGGAACCCGUCAGCACCUAUUCUAUCAGCAUAUCUGCCUUUACUAAAGUUGGAAAUGGCAAUCAAUUUAGUAACGUAGUAAAAUUCACAACCCAAGAAUCAGUUCCAGAUGUUGUACAGAACGUACAGUGUAUGGCAACUAGCUGGCAGUCAGCUUUAGUGAAGUGGGAUCCACCCAAAAAGGCAAAUGGAAUAAUUACACAUUAUAUGAUAACAGUUGAAAGGAAUGCUACAAAAAUCUCUCCCCAAGAUCACAUGUAUACUUUCAUGAAACUUCUCGCCAAUACCUCGUAUGUCUUUAAAAUAAGAGCUUCCACCUCAGCUGGUGAAGGUGAUGAAAGUGCAUGCAACAUGAGCACGCUACCCGAAACAGUUCCCAGCAUUCCCACAAAUAUUGCUUUUUCUAAUGUUCAGUCAACUAGUGCAACAUUGACAUGGAUGAGACCUGACACUAUCUUUGGCUACUUCCAAAAUUAUAAGAUUACCACUCAACUUCGGGCUCAAAAAUGCAAAGAAUGGGAAUCUGAAGAAUGUGUUGAAUAUCAAAAAAUUCAAUACCUCUACGAAGUUGACCUAACUGAAGAGACAGUAUAUGAUUUAAAGAAAUUUAGAUGGUAUAGAUUCCAAGUGGCUGCCAGCACCAAUGCCGGCUAUGGCGAUGCUUCAAAUUGGAUAUCUACACAAACACUGCCUGGUCCUCCAGAUGGUCCUCCUGAAAAUGUGUAUGUAGUAGCAGCAUCACCUUUUAGCAUCAACAUCAACUGGAGUGAACCUGCUGUCAUUACUGGACCAACAUUCUAUUUGAUAGACGUCAAAUCGGUAGAUAGUGAUGAAUUUAAUAUUUCCUUAAUCAAGUCAAAUGGAGAAAAUAAAACCAUAGAAAUUGAAGAUUUGAAAAUAUUCACAAGGUAUUCCGUGGUGAUCACUGCAUUCACUGGCAAUAUUAGUGCUGCACAUGUGGAAGGAAAGUCAAGUGCUGAAGUGAUUGUUACUACUUUAGAAUCAGUCCCUAAGGACCCACCGAACAACAUGACAUUUCAGAAGAUACCAGAUGAAGUUACAAAAUUUCAGUUAACAUUUCUUCCCCCUUCUCAACCUAAUGGAAAUAUCCAAGUGUAUCAAGCUUUGGUUUACCGAGAAGAUGAUCCCACUGCUGUCCAGAUUCGCAACCUCAGUAUUAUCCAGAAAACGGACACAUCUGUCAUUGCAAUGUUAGAAGGACUAAAAGGCGGACGUACAUACAACAUCAGUGUUUAUGCGAUCAAUAGCGCUGGUGCAGGGCCAAAGGUUCAAAUGAGAAUAACCAUGGAUAUUAAAGCUCCAGCACGACCAAAAACCAAACCAACCCCUAUUUAUGAUGCCACGGGAAAACUUCUUGUGACUUCAACAACAAUUACAAUCAGAAUGCCAAUAUGUUACUAUAAUGAUGACCAUGGACCAAUCAAAAAUGUACAGGUGCUUGUAGCAGAAGCAGGAGCUCAGCAUGAUGGAAAUGUAACAAAGUGGUAUGAUGCAUAUUUUAAUAAACCAAGGCCAUAUUUUACAAAUGAAGGCUUUCCUAAUCCCCCAUGUACAGAGGAAAAGACAAAGUUCAGUGGCAAUGAAGAAAUUUACAUCAUAGGUGCUGAUAAUGCAUGUAUGAUUCCUGGCAAUGAAGACAAAAUCUGCAAUGGACCUCUGAAACCAAAAAAGCAAUACUUAUUUAAAUUUAGAGCCACAAAUGUCAUGGGACAAUUUACUGACUCUGAUUACUCUGAUCCUGUUAAGACUUUAGGUGAAGGGCUUUCAGAAAGAUCUGUAGAGAUUAUACUUUCAGUCACUUUGUGUAUCCUUUCAAUCAUUCUUCUUGGAACAGCUAUUUUUGCAUUUGCAAGAAUUCGACAGAAGCAGAAAGAAGGUGGGACAUAUUCUCCUCGGGAUGCAGAAAUUAUUGACACUAAAUUCAACCUAGAUCAGCUGAUCACAGUGGCAGACCUGGAACUGAAGGACGAGAGAUUAACGCGGCCGAUAAGCAAGAAAUCCUUUCUGCAACAUGUUGAAGAGCUUUGCACAAACAACAACCUAAAGUUUCAAGAAGAAUUUUCGGAAUUACCAAAAUUUCUUCAGGAUCUUUCUUCCACUGAUGCUGAUCUGCCUUGGAACAGAGCAAAAAACCGCUUUCCAAACAUAAAACCAUAUAACAAUAACAGAGUGAAGCUGAUAGCUGAUGCUAGUAUUCCAGGAUCGGAUUAUAUUAAUGCCAGCUAUGUUUCUGGCUACUUAUGUCCAAAUGAAUUUAUUGCUACUCAAGGUCCAUUACCAGGAACAGUUGGGGAUUUUUGGAGAAUGGUGUGGGAAACCAGAGCAAAAACAUUAGUAAUGCUAACACAGUGUUUUGAAAAAGGGCGGAUCAGAUGCCAUCAGUAUUGGCCAGAGGACAACAAACCAGUUACUGUCUUCGGAGAUAUAGUGAUUACAAAGCUAAUGGAGGAUGUUCAAAUAGAUUGGACCAUCAGAGAUCUGAAAAUUGAAAGGCAUGGGGAUUGCAUGACCAUUAGACAGUGUAACUUUACUGCUUGGCCUGAGCAUGGGGUUCCUGAAAACAGUGCCCCUCUAGUUCACUUUGUGAAGUUGGUUCGAGCAAGCAGAGCACAUGACACCACACCUAUGGUUGUUCACUGCAGUGCUGGAGUUGGAAGAACUGGAGUUUUUAUUGCUCUGGACCACUUAACACAACAUAUAAAUGAUCAUGACUUUGUGGAUAUAUAUGGAUUAGUAGCUGAACUGAGAAGUGAAAGAAUGUGCAUGGUACAAAACCUGGCACAGUAUAUCUUUUUACAUCAGUGCGUUCUGGAUCUCUUAUCAAGUAAAGGAAGUAAUCAGCCCAUCUGCUUUGUUAACUAUUCAGCACUUCAAAAGAUGGACUCUUUGGAUGCCAUGGAAGGUGAUGUUGAGCUUGAAUGGGAAGAAACCACCAUGUAAAUAUUCAGACCAAAGAUUACAACUGGAAGAUAUUUUCAAAUCCCAGGGGCCAAAAUACCCCCUUACUCUUCUGAAUUGAAAUGUGCAACCUUAAAUAAAUCUCUACGCUUCCCUCACUGUGCCUUACUAAAUGGAUUGACAUUUUAUGAAUAGUUCUAGGAAAUAGCUAAUUCAGGAUAGUUAUCUGUUUUGUACAGAAUAAAUAUUAUACAUGUAAAAUGUUUAAGAAGAGAUAUCCCAGAGACUUUUGAAGCCUUCUGUAUUUUGGGAAUGAGCCAAAUAUAAAAUUAUUAUUAUAUUUAUGUUAAUGUUUCAAUGUGAAUUUUCCCUACAUAUUGGAUUUGAUCUUGAACAAAAGUUGUAAAUGUUGAUUCAGUAGUGUUAUUUUGGCCUCCAGGGUGUUGACUUUUCUCGUGGAUAACUUCCAGGACUGUCAUAAUGAUCUGUACUUCCAUGUAUGCCCCUGUGUUUUGAAUCCCCUGUUUUAUGAGUGCUGAGAUAUCAUCUCAUGAUCUCGAACAGCUGAACAGUAACCCCCUGACACUGCUGGUGUUACUUAGCCUUUAUACAACACACAGUAGCUCUUCGGGUGCACUUAGGGCUAUUUCAAUUGCAUUGUAAUCUUUAGUUUGAAAAACAAAAGGAAAAAUUAAACAGUGCAAUUGCUCA